AUGUUUAGAAAAAGACCACCACAAAUCACAGUAGAAGAACUUCAACAAACUUAUAAUGAUUGUUGUAAUGAAACUAUUAAAAAUCUAACUUUAGAAGAAGAUAAUAAUGUUGAUGAUGCAUUAAAAGGUUGGAAAAGUCUACAUACAACUUUAUUAUAUAAAUUGGAUCUUUUUGAAAAAUGUACAACAAAAUUAGAUUCUGAAGAAAAAACUUUACUUAAUGAAUUAAAGGGAAUAAGAGAUGAAAAUGUAAAACAUUUAAUAAGAGUUCAAUUAAGAUUAGAUGAAAAAAAUCGAAGAUUGAAAAGGGAAAAAGAGGGAUAUAAUCAAGCACCACCUUCGCCACCACCAAGAGCAGUAAGAGAGAAAACUAUUCCCUCAUUAAGAAUAAGUCUGCCACAGAAUUCUUCAAAUUCUCAUAUAUCUAAUCAAAGAUCAAUGAUGAAAUCAUUACGACCUCAUUCAAAUGGUCAAUCAACUCCAAAAGCUUCACCAACAACUACUAAUUUAAAACCAACUUCAGUACAACAAGCAUCUCAAGCUGCAUCUAAAUCAUGGGUUAAACCAUCAAUUAAAAAAUUUGAAGUUUCAACUCCACCAAAAGUUGAUGUAACUAGUUAUUUUGCAGAUUUUGAUCAAGAUACUUAUACAACAAAUAAUACAUCUACAAAUAAUAAUUGGGAAAAAUAUGAUUCAAGAUCAUCCUCCGGUUUAUCUGAAACUUCUUCAAAUGCAAAUUUAAUAGAUAUCGAUGAAGAUAUAGACUUGAUACGAGAAAAAGAAACAAUUAAUCCUGAUUCAAAUAGUCUUUCGAGAUCAAUGGAUGAUUUAACUAUUAAACCUGUUUCUGAAAGUCCACCAAGAACAACAAAACCAAAAAAUGGAUUAAAUGUUCCAUCAAUUGAACAUAUAUCAAAAAGUACAUCUGAUGUAAGAACUAAAACUAAACAACCAUAUAUUUAUAAUAAACCAAAACCAUUAAAUUUACAAAAAUUAAUGCAACAACUGCAAACAAAUAAAACAAAACCAAAAUCAAAUAUUACAUAUAAUUAUGUAAAAUCAACAAAUCCAUCAAAAAAGGUUUUAGUGAAAUCAAAACCAUUAAACACAAAUACUACUACUAAUGGUAAUGGUCAUAUAAAGAAAAAUGUUGUUAAAAAACAAGAAGUAGAAGAAAAUAUGAAUUCACCAACUAUGGAUGAUUUGUUGAGUGGAUAUGAUGAUGCAACAAAUGGGAAUGAUGAACCAUUAACUGAACCAACAAUAACAGCUUCAUUAACUGAUCCUAAACAACAAGAUAAACUUAUAGCAUCUAUUCGAGGGAUAGAUCCACAAGCAGCAAAAAAUAUUUUAAAUGAUGUUGUUGUUCAUGGUGAUGAAGUAUAUUGGGAUGAUAUAGUUGGAUUAGAAAAUGCAAAAAAUUCAUUAAAAGAAGCAGUUGUUUAUCCAUUUUUAAGACCUGAUUUAUUUAAAGGAUUAAGAGAACCAACAAGAGGAAUGCUUUUAUUUGGACCUCCAGGAACUGGUAAAACAAUGUUAGCAAGAGCAGUUGCAACAGAAUCACAAUCUACUUUUUUCAGUAUUAGUUCAUCAUCAUUAACUUCAAAAUAUUUAGGAGAAUCUGAAAAAUUAGUAAAAGCAUUAUUUUUAUUAGCUAAAAAAUUAGCUCCAUCAAUUGUUUUUAUGGAUGAAAUUGAUUCUUUAUUAAGUUCAAGAACUGAAGGAGAAGUUGAAAGUACAAGACGUAUUAAAAAUGAAUUUUUAAUUCAAUGGUCUGAAUUAUCAAGUGCUGCCGCAGGUAGAGAAUCAAAUGAAGAUGUUUCAAGAGUAUUAAUAUUAGGAGCUACAAAUUUACCAUGGUCAAUUGAUGAAGCAGCAAGAAGAAGAUUUGUAAGAAGACAAUAUAUUCCAUUACCUGAAGAUGAAGCAAGAAAAUCACAAAUUAUAAAAUUAUUAAAAUAUCAAAAACAUACUUUAUCAAAUGAAGAUUAUGAAAAUUUAAUUAAAUUAACUGAAGGAUUUAGUGGUAGUGAUAUGACUGCAUUAGCAAAAGAUUCAGCAAUGGGUCCUUUAAGAUCGUUGGGUGAUAAAUUAUUACUGACUCCAACAGAUCAAAUAAGACCAAUAAGUUUAGAAGAUUUUGAAAAUAGUUUAAAAUAUAUUAGACCAAGUGUUUCUAAAGAAGGGUUGCAGCAGUAUGAAGAUUGGGCUGAUAAAUUUGGAUCAAGUGGUGCGUAA